AACGCCAGUUAGUGAUCUCAAUAAAAUGAAAAUGAUCUCAAAAAUAGUAGAGUAAUCAGCUGUUUUUGUUAGUCUUGCUUGUUAAAGAUUGAUUUUGAUUUGAUCUCUAGAUUGACUGCGAGGUUAAACUGAGAUAAGUUUCAACAAAAUUAAAUUUGUGAUAAUAUUGUAAAUAACUAAUUUAUUCAGUACAUACGUAAAUGUCUGCCAAACAAGUUGGAAAAUCUAUUUUACUCCUCGGGAAAUGUGUUCCAACUGCAAAAGAAAAUGCUGUGAAAGUUGCAAUAAGUAGAUUCAAACUGAACCAAUAUCUCAAUAUCUACUUCAAGGAUAUUGAGUUAGUGUAUGCACAAGAUAAUGCCCAGCUGAGCAAAGUGGGAGAUGUUGUACUGUUAGAGAAACUGCCUGAGAAGAUCACAACAUUAAUACAACACCGGGUGAAGGAAGUUGUGUACCCUCUAGGAGAUAUUACUGAUCCCAUAACUGGCAAGAAAGUGGUCUGCGACGUUUACAGAGAGGAGAUGAAGGAAAUAAGUAAAAGGUAUGGAAAAUCAGAGUCAGCCUUCGACUAUGAUAAAGCACCUCCCCGAGGUUGGCAAGAAGAUAAGAAAGACUUUUCUAGAAAGCCUGUCUACAGAAAGUAUCAUGAGUUUGAAGAUGAUGAUCAACCUUAUGCUAAAGGAUAAAGAAAGAUUUGAUGUAAAUAAAAGUUAGUUUAAUAUA